GGAGGUGCAAGCAAGCCAGCGCUCUGUGGCCAUAAUUGCUGAGAUGAUCCACACAGCUAGCCUAGUUCAUGAUGAUGUUAUUGAUGAUGCAAAUUCUCGCAGAGGAAAAAUGACAGUCAAUCAAAUCUGGGGAGAGAGGAAGGCUGUUCUAGCUGGUGACUUCAUCCUCUCAGCUGCUUCCCUAGCUUUAGCACGAAUUGGAAACACUACUAUCAUCUCUGUUCUAACUCAGGUGAUUGAAGAUCUGGUGCGUGGUGAAUUCCUCCAGUUGGGUUCCAAGGAAAAUGAGAAUGAGAGAUUUGCUCACUACCUCGAGAAGACUUUUAAGAAGACUGCAAGUCUUAUAGCAAACAGUUGUAAAGCAGUUUCAAUUUUAGGCUGCCCUGAUCCCAAAGUUCAUGAGAUUGCAUACCAGUAUGGAAAAAAUGUUGGCAUAGCUUUUCAGCUAAUAGAUGAUGUGCUGGAUUUUACAUCGUGUGCUGACCGUCUGGGGAAACCAACAGCAGCAGAUCUCAAGCUUGGAUUAGCCACAGGCCCUGUCUUGUUUGCUUGUCAACAGUUUCCAGAAAUGAACGCUAUGAUAAUGAGACGAUUCAGUAAGCCAGGAGACAUUGAACGUGCUCGGAAAUAUGUGUUGCAGAGUGAUGGUGUGCAGCAAACGACCUACCUCGCCCAGCGCUACUGCCAUGAAGCUACAAGAGAGAUCCGUAAACUACGGCCAUCCCCAGAAAGAGAAGCCCUCAUUCAGCUGACGGAAAUGGUACUCAUGCGAGACAAGUGAGAGAACUCCUUCCACUCAUUCUGGCAGCUACUUACCAGACUGUGCCUAAAUUUACUUCAAAAGUUACUUGCUUCCAACACAGGCUACCAAAAAUUAUUUUUUUAAAAAACUUUUUUUUUGGAAGUUCUACUUUUUUUUAAAAACAAAAGUUUAAAGUGUUUUAUUGUAGGAACCCAUACAAUUCAGAGCAAAUCAAGUUGUGCUGUACAAUUGUUUUAGUGGGGGCUAUUAAUUGUGGGGGGCAGGGAAGAUGUUUACAUGUUGAUGCACAAAGGCCACAAUGAGAAUAAAUAUAAAUCAGUGUAUGAGAAUUGAAGUUGCUCCAAAUUUCACUUGUUCACACUAAUA